CACGUCAUCCUAAAUGUUGCUCAGCGUUUUGAGUUUAGCUAGCAUGUUAGCUAGCACCAUAGGAAGUAUAACCCGAAACGAUAAGUGAUUUAAGAGCCGGGUUGGAUACUCAUCACUGCGGAUACGCGUUUCUGUGAAAUGGAUGAGGUGGAGAUUACAGAUGUUGAUGACUUGCCUCAGAUGGAGAAGGCGCCCAUUAAAAACCAGGAUCUGAAUUUCCUUAGCUUCUCUGGAGAUCUUUUAUCUGAGUAUGGAUGGUACCUGCUGGCUGUGACUGUGCUCAUCUACCUGCUUAUCCAGCACCUGAGCAAGAGGAGAUCCAGAGUCCCCUCCAGCCCCCCUGCACAAACACCUCAAGAUGCCGUGUUAGUGGCAAGAAGACAAGAGGGCAUGGAAGCAGCUCGGCGAAAGAUGCAGGAGGACCUUGACACCAAAGCAGCCAUCUUCAGAGAAAAGCAGGCACAGCAAGAACAAGAGAAGAGGAGGCAGAAAAUAGAGAUAUGGGAGAGUAUGCAACUGGGAAAGAGUCACAAAGGAACCACAAAACAUCCUCAGACCACUGAAGAGACCAGUUCAUCAACAGCUGCGUCAAAACCAAAGACGGACAAGAAGUCACUACGCAGUGCUGACUACAAUCCUCUGACUGGACAGGGAGGCUCUUGUUCCUGGAGACCUGGCAGGAGGGGGCCGUCAUCUGGUGGAUGAGGUUAAAGAAAUUCAGAGUCAUUGGUCUGAAUGACCUUUAACCUCUGAAAUCCUUAAGUGCACACUGACUGACUGAAUCAAGCUGACAAUGUCAUCAAGCCUACACAUUAAGAUUGUUUUAAAUUUUAUCCACUGAUCAGUUAUAUAAUAAUGCCGGUAUACAUUAUUAAUAGUGUAUACCUGCUAUCCUGUUUGAUUUUCUAUUCUGUUGUUUACUGUCGAAUCUCCUGGCUGCAUCGUCAUUAAGCAUGCUGCCCAGGGCUCAAUGUAUUGUGGCAUUGAAAGCUUGUAAUGAAGCCCUUCCUGUAAAUGGUACCUAACCAGUAGGUUUGGCUGAUAAAUUUCACAGUCAGUGCAUUUUGUCUAAUAUAUUUUUAUUUUUUCAAUGUGUACCUUCAUACCUUUAGAGUUGAUGUAACAACAGCAGUUGUAGCUAGUGGAAAAAUGGUUAAUUACAAGGAAUAUGUUUUCAUCUGUCAAAAUGUAAAGAGAAUAUCAUCUACACCGUCACACACAAUAAAGUUACUGAAUUUGUCCAA